GGAUUGAAAGAGGGGGAGGGGGAGAUGACUGUCACAUCCACAAAGGCGGAGGAAGAAGAGAAGGAACCUGGAUAUCUGGGCCCGGUUUCCCAAACGCAUCUUAAGGCAUCCUAUGGUUCUAACAAAGAAUUUAGCCAUAAGAUGGUUUUGAGAAACCGUUCCCUGAUUAACACUAGAGAGAUGCGGGACUAUCGUGGAUCCUCUGGGGAGCCUCAACAACCUCAUGAUGCUGACGAGGCAGAGAAAAGUAUCUCCAGAUCAGAACACCUCAAGAAACACCCGCAGAGACCCUCAUGGAGGGGAACUCACUGCUGCUCUGACUGUGGGAAACAUUUCAAAUGUUCAUAUGAACUUAAAAUACACCAGAGAACACACACAGAAGAGAAAUGUUAUAGCUGUGCUCAAUGUGGGAAGAGUUUUACUACAUCUUGCAAGCGGACUAGACACCAGAGAACACACACAGGAGAGAAACCGUAUAGCUGUACUCAAUGUGGGAAUAGUUUUUCUCAUUCAACCACCCUGAUAGUACACCAGAGAACACACACAGGAGAGAAACCUUAUAGCUGUGCUCAAUGUGGGAAGAGUUUUACUACAUCUAGCAGCUGGUAUAGACACCAGAGAACACACACCGGAGAGAAAUCUUAUAGCUGUACUGAAUGUUGGAAGAGUUUUGCUACAUCUUGCAAGCUGACUAGACACCAGAGAACACACACAGGAGAGAAACCUUAUAGCUGUACUCAAUGUGGGAAGAGGUUUUCUCAGUCAACCACCCUGAGAUCACACCAGAGAACACACACAGGAGAUAAACCUUUUAGCUGUGCUCAAUGUGGGAAGAGUUUUGUUACAUCUUGCAGUCUGACUAGACACCAGAGAACACACACAGGAGAUAAAUCUUAUAGCUGUACUGAAUGUGGGAAGAGUUUUUCUCAGUCAACCACCCUGAUAGCACACCAGAGAACACACACAGGAGAGAGACCUUAUAGCUGUCCUCAAUGUGGGAAGAGUUUUGUUACGUCUAGCAACUGGUAUAGACACCAGAGAACACACACCAGAGAGAAAUCUUAUAGCUGUACUGAAUGUGGGAAGAGUUUUACUCAGUCAACCAGCCUUAUAUCACACCAGAGAAAACACACACAGGAGAGAAAUCUCAUAGCAUUGCUCAAUGUGGGAAGAGUUUUGUUACGUCUAGCAAGCGGACUUCACAACAUAUAACACACACAGGAGAGAAUUCUCAGCUGUGAUCAGUGUUUGUCCUUGAUAAAAUACCUCUGACCAAACAUCAGAAAAUACAUGAAGGAGUUGUUUCAUGAUAUCAAUGAAUUAAUGUCACAAUGUAGAGCGUUUCAACAUUCUAGUAGGAGUAUUUUAGUCAUGUCACGAGGUCGAAACCUAAACGUUUGCCCCUUUUCUAUUGAUUUGAACUUGAUAGGGAUGUUAGCUUCACGGAAAAUUCCGUUACACUUACCACGUUGGUGACCCACUUGAGUAAAAAAUGCGACACUUCAAAAUGUAGCUAGCUGU